AUGAACUUUAAAAUUCCUUCUAUUCAUAAACUUCAUACUGAUACUAAUUCCAAUAUAUCUCAACCUCAUAGUGAUUUUAUGAAAAAAUAAGAUACACAACCUUAGUAAAUAACUCCCUCAUAUUUAUUUGCUAAUCAUUCAUUUUAACCAACUCUUAAAAUAUUAGCUCCUCAAAGAGAAUCAAUUUUUGCUCAUAGAAAAGAAACCUUUAUAAAUUAAAGCUAUCGUGAUAUUUCUUAACGUGAUAUUUAUGGAAGCCUAUAAAAAUAUAAAAUAGAAAAACAAGAUGAUAGCCUAACUCAACUUCGAGGAAGAAAAAGAUCAAUAAAGCAGCAUUAAUCACCUUAUAAUAUAAAUUAAUAAUCACCUACAUCCAUUUAAAAUAUUGAGAGCCAAAAGAGAAUCCUUGAAAAUGUUAUGGAUGAUGUUAGGUUAAAUAAUAUUAAAUUAAAAAAGCUAGAGAAAUCUCCUCAAGGAUUAAACUGUCCUAUGCACAACUUUUACUAUCUUAAAAAUAUGAAAUAACUCUAUCCUUUCUAGAUAGAAAAAUCUGUAAAAGAUUUAAUGAGGCCAUUUCAUUAAUAAAGAGAGAAUUUAUUAUCUCCAAUUUAAACAGAAAGAAGCUUAAUUUAUCCUUAAAGACCAUAAAUUUAAAGACCAAAAGAGUUUUUGAAUAAAUUGAAAAAUAGAUUGUUGAAAAGAAAAAAAACAAUUUUCUUGUAACAAACAUAGAAUUAUGAAGAUCCAAUUUAAAGAAAGCUUAAACAUUUUUAAAAAAGUAUAUUUGAAAAUUAAUGUCUACAUACAAUAUAUAUUCGUCCUUCAGCAAUAAGAAUAUAAAAGUAUAGGAUUGAGGAUCCUAACAAUGAAUCCAUUUUGAAAAAAUGUUUGAGUUUUAGAUGGUGGUGGUAAGAAGCAGAAGAAAAUGAAGAAGAAAUAUAGUUUUUAUGGGCAAGUGAAGUAUCAACUUCUUUUUUAAAUAAAUAAAGAUAAAGACACAUAAGCGAUAAAAUUGAAUUUUAACCUUUUGAAUAGAUUUUGAAAAUAUGUGAAGGUGUUGAAGAUUAAAUGAAAUUUGCAAUUGAACAAAAACUUUGUUUAUUAUCUCCUUAUAUAAAAAUACAUAAUCAUAUAGAUGUAAUAAAUCCAUUAUGGACAAAAAAGAAUUUAAUUUGUAGAUUUUAAAAGUACUGUUCUAUAACAAAUUAAAAUUUCUGUGAUUUCAUUCCUUUUUCAAUAAUAGUAAACAAUUUAGGAGAAGAAUCAUUUUAUGAAUUUAUUAGAAAUUAUAAAACUUCAACAGAAAUUUGGAUAGUUUUGAAAUGUUAGAAUGAAGGAGAAAAAAUUUAGUUAUGUGAAAAUACAAAAAGUGUAUUUAACUUUAUUUAAAAAGAGUACUAAACUCCAAGUAGAAAACAAUAAAGCUUUAUUGUCUAAUAAUAUAUAAGAUCGUUUGUAUAUCAAUAAAUAAAAUUAGAUUUAUGUUAUUAUUUAUUGAUAACUCAAAUAAAUGGAAUAGUUAGAGGAUAUUUAUUUGAAUAAUUUUAUGGAGAAGAAUCAUAAAUAAAUUUUUCUCCUUUUGAAAAAUAGUCUAAAUCUAUUACUAAAUUAAAUUAAGAUUAUAAUUCAAAUAAGAUUUCAAUGAAAACCAUUAUAGAUUAUUUCGAUGAUUGUAGAGUUGAUUACGAAUAUAAAAUACUUCCUGAAAUAAAAAAUAUUUUAUGUGAAUAUAUUAGAUCAAUAUUUAUUCAAAUGCCAGUUAAAGAUCAUAAUUUUGAAGUAUUCAUUAAAUAAGACUUAGUUACUUUAAGUUAAAAUAAUGAUUGAUAAUCAAUAUAAACCAUGGUUAAUUGACAUCAAACCUUCAAGAGAAUUUGAUUUAUGUUAAGAUUUUAUGAAAGAAUUUACUUAGUAGCUAUUUGAUAAUACAAUACAACUUUCAGUAGAUGUUUUGUUUCCUUCUCCAUCCAUUUGGCCAAAAGAGAAAAGAAAAUUAAUAGAUAUUUAUUCUGAAUAAAACGAUUUUGCUGUUGUUUUUGAUUCUAGAAUGGAUGGUUAAGGAUUAAAAUCAUUGUUUGAAGAAAAAUAACCUGAAAGCCAUAAUGAUAAUGAUGAUGAAUUUUGA